UCUGCGCUGUCAUAAGACACUUGAUUUCUUCAUUUAUGCAAAGACAAGCUUUCUCCCGUUUAAACCAAAGUCAGAGAAAACGGAUCAUAGCUUAUUCCUUCAUUGGGUUAAGGUGAACGGGAGGAGAGUAGGACCAGGACACAGAGUUGGGAGAAAACCUCAUAGCAUUGCAUUAGAAGAUGGAUGCUCCUGGCCAAGAAGCAGCAAGCGGAGCCAGUGCUGGAGCUGGUGUCCAAGUGGAGAUUGUUCAAGGAGUCAUUGAGAACCAGCUGGUGGAUGUCAUUGUAUCGCCUAUGCUGGAGCUGGUGUCCAAGUGGAGAUUGUUCAAGGAGUCAUUGAGAACCAGCUGGUGGAUGUUAUCGUGUCGCCUAUGGUUGGCCACGACCCUGUCUCUACCCACAUAGGAAAGAUUUUGAGCAAUAUGACUGCCGACUUGAAAGCAAAGUUUAACAAAGAAGCAGGAGAGGCAACUCUGCCAAGUGAAGCAGUUUUGGUUGAAGGGCUACCUGGUCUUAAAUGUAAAGCAGUCAUCUUCCUCAACCUACUCUGCUGGGAUAAUAACCAACACGGAACCGCAGUCCAGGCAUUGAGACGGGGAAUCAAAAAGAUUCUAGCUACUUGUAACAUCAGAGCCUACAGUUCAGUUGCUCUUCCAGUUCUUGGAACUGGCGCUCUCCUGCGUUUUCCACACAACAUUACUUCCACGAUUCUCCUGGAGGAGGUUGGUAUAUAUGGACAAAACCGCACCAGUGGAUCACCCUUCCUAGUUCGAUUCAUUGUUCAUCCAAAGGACAAACAAUCCAGCCAGGCCUUUAAGUCUUCCCAGAGUGUAUUGCAUCAAAGAGGAUUCAUAAGCAAUGUUGAUCCAGAUCAAGGUUCCUUUUACCAAUGUGUUUCUCUGACUAAUGAUGAGAUCACAGCCAUGAUGGGUAAAGUCAAACUUCAGAUCCUCUGUGGUAACAUCAUCAAUGCAGGAACGGACGCUAUUGUCAACACAACCAACUUUACUGACCUGUCUUUGGGGGUCUCCAAAGCCAUUCUGAAAGCUGCAGGCCCAGCUGUCCUUGCAGAGUUGAAAAAAGUGGGAAUUCCAGCAGAUUGCAUUUGCUCAACUGCAGCUGGGCAGCUUGGGUGCAAAGAAAUCAUCCAUGCCAGUUUCAAGGGCAAAACUCAGAGGAUCCGCAACACUUGCCAAAAGAUCCUGCAGCUCUGUGAGAGCAAAAGGUUUGGCUCAGUGGCUUUCCCAGCCGUUAAUACAGGACAGGCCGGUAUGGACGCUGGUGAAGCUUGUAAAGCAAUGCUGGAUGGCAUGGCCUCAGCCAUCAGGGAAAUAAAUCCAAAUUCUCUGUCACUGAUCCGCAUUGUGAUCUUACUAAAACCGGUCUUUCAAGCUUUCAGAUCAGAGGUGGAAAGUCGUUGUGAACAGGAUGUUCAAGGAUGCUUCACCCUAAAAGGUAUGGCUAAACGACCAGUGGAGAAAAUACUGGAAAUGUUUUUAGGAAUCUCAAUGCCUCCAUCACCACAAGACCAAACAUUCCUUUUGCCAAAGCCUGGUCCAACAGGAUUACAAGAAACCCACGGUGGCCUAAAUGUAACCAAGACAACAAAAGAUUUGAAUAGGAACGUUGUGCAAGAGCUUUCAGAGGAAAAGGAUAAAGAAAAGGUGAUGUUGAUGGUUAGCACUGAGUGGGCGAUUAUAGAUGCUAAUGGAGAAUUACGGGACCUCUGCCUGCUCAAGAAGGAAGCUAUCCUGGACAAAGAAGAAGUGGAUAUGGUGACGCAAGACAGCAGGAUGUUCAAAGUAAACCUAAAAGCUGGAGAAGCUACCGAGUGUCUGACAGGCAAAACAUACAAACUGAAAAACACGGCAACUGAAACUGGCUGUGUGGCUUCUGCUUUGGCACUGAAGUUACCACCACACUGGGAACCUAUGAAUGGAGAGGUCUUUACAAAGGUAGAGUUACAGCCUAACUCACCUGAGUAUCAGGAAGUAGCCAAGGGUUUCCACUCUAACUACCAAAUUCAUAAAAUUGAACGAGUACAGAAUGUCUUCCUAUGGCAUGCCUUCAGUGUCUGCCGGUACCGUAUACUUUCUAAGAAUGGUGAAGCAGAACUGGGUGAAAAGUUACUUUACCACGGCACAUCUGCAGCAUCAUGCAACACCAUUGAAAGAGAUCGAUUUGACAGGAGUUAUGCAGGAAAGCAUGCUGCCAUUUAUGGAAAGGGGGUGUACUUUGCCGUCAACGCAAGUUACUCAGCUGACAAGUACUCCCCAGAAGACGAAUCCGGCCUAAGAAGACUGUAUGUUGCUCGAGUGCUUACUGGCCGCUACACAGUUGGAAAUUCCUCCAUGAAAGCGCCCCCUCCUCGAGGUGCAGAUGCUACUGACUGCUUUGACAGCGUGGUAAACAACCAGCAUCAACCCACCAUCUUUGUUAUCUUCCAUGAUGACCAGGCCUACCCAGAGUACCUCAUUACCUUCAGCUGAGUAAGAAUGAGGAAACUUGGAUCACAAGAAAGUUUCUCAAAAAUGUCGAGUCAUUGAUGAUGAGCUGUUGUUUUUUGAAGCCUUUAUGCUACCUUUAUAGAACAAGAAGAUGCAUUACAUUUAACUUGGUUAUACCGAAAUUUUGUGUCCUCAGUAUAAGCCAAUUGUAAUUUAAAAAGCCUAAAAUACUGCUGUAUAUAAAGCUUUGAACACCAUUUUGAAGCCUUAACAAUGUCCAAUUCCUAGUUUGGAAUUUUAUACCUAUAGAUUCACUGUUUACUCACAGUAACAUUACUGAUUUUACUGCUGCUGAUCGACCUGGAAACCCUACAGUUCGACCUUGCAAAAAUCAUUUGGCAAGGUCAAACUGUAGGAGUUCAAAAAUCUAAACUUUUCUGUCAAAUCGUGUCACAGUAACCAAUCAGGGACUGGUUGUUGUUGUUGUUAUAAUUGGUGAAGGAGUGCAGCAGUACAGCAGAGACAAAGCUUUUUUCAAACAAAGUAGGAGAUAGAAAAAUUAAUGUUGACAUGGGAUGAAGUAAGGAAGGCUCUUUACAGGUUUGUGGGUGACUUUGAAAAAAGAAGUCAAGUAACUCCCCAAACUGGGAGCAUCACUGGAGGACCCGCAGCAUUGUUCAGGUUUCUCCAUUAAAUACAGUACCGUGACUCGCUUGGUCAAAUUCCGGUCUGCCCUUUAAAGUUGAACAGACAAGCAGAUAGAAGCUCCUCCUAUUUAAUGACAUGGGAAAGCCACUGUCACCAUUUGUAGAUGCGAAAUGUACAGUGGCCAACCAUGCAGUUUACAUGGAAAUUUCGCAGGAAUCGCAUUCAGUGUGAAUCUAUCAUAAGAGUUUCCUGUUGAAAAGAAGCCCCACAUCUUUUUUUCUCACCUCCUAAUCUCACUGUUGGUAUGAUGCCAUUUUGUAUAAAACAACUGAAAUUCAUUACGUCCGUUAUAUAUAUUUUAGAGUUAGUUUAUUUACCUGAUAAUUUGCAGACAGCAUCUAUGUUCUGUGUCAGUAAUAAAGCCCUCAGACCCUG